AUGAAUGAAGAAAGAACCGGUGGAAAGAUCAAAAAAGCCGACGCGUUAUGUUACAUAAAGUUAUUGAGAUCAAUCUACAUUCCUAACCACCCAAUUAGUGAAUUUUUAGAGAUUCAUGGUGAAACGGAUGCUUCAUUGAUCUCAUUACCCGAGUUUCUUGCUAUGUUUGAUGAUCAAGAUUGGGGUUUUGGUGUCAUGUCUACUUUGUUAAAGCUUGAAAGCGGAGACCGAAACCGCCAUGGAAACCACACGUGUUCGGUGUGUAGAUACCCGAUAAUCGGGUCGCGGUUUAAGGAGAUGAAGUCAAGAUUCAGCCUGUGUAGCCAAUGUUAUAGUGAAGGGAAAGUGAGUCCUAGUUUUAAGCAAGAAGAGUAUAACUUCAAAGAGUAUGCUAAUGGGAGUGAAGCAGUGAAAGAUAAGUGUGUGUGGUUUAGUUCAAGUUCACAUAAUUCUAAAAGUUCAUCAGGUACUAGUAAUUCAUAG